AACACAGCAGACAUCGCUGUCAUUGCUGGCUACUUCCUUUUGGUCAUCGGGGUCGGUCUGUGGUCCAUGUGCCGGACAAACCGGGGUACCAUUGGAGGAUACUUCUUGGCCGGGAGGAGCAUGAUUUGGUGGCCGGUUGGGGCCUCUCUCUUUGCCAGCAACAUUGGGAGUGGACAUUUCGUGGGCCUGGCUGGGACAGGAGCAGCAAGUGGACUAGCUGUGGCAGGAUUUGAGUGGAAUGCCCUCUUUGUGGUGCUGCUCCUGGGCUGGCUGUUUGCACCUGUGUACCUGACUGCUGGAGUCAUUACUAUGCCCCAGUACCUGAGGAAGCGCUUUGGGGGUCAUCGAAUCCGCCUCUACCUUUCAGUGCUGUCCCUCUUCCUCUACAUCUUCACCAAAAUCUCUGUAGAUAUGUUCUCUGGGGCUGUGUUCAUUCAGCAAGCUCUGGGCUGGAACAUCUAUGCCUCUGUUAUUGCCCUGCUGGGCAUCACCAUGAUCUACACAGUGACAGGUGGCCUGGCUGCACUGAUGUACACAGAUACAGUUCAGACUUUCGUCAUGCUUGGGGGAGCAUUCAUUCUCAUGGGCUACGCCUUCAAUGAGGUGGGCGGGUAUACAGGCCUCUUUAACAAGUACUUGGAAGCCAAGACCACACAAACCUUUUCUGAGGACCCCAUGGUGGGCAACAUCUCUCCCUCCUGCUACCAGCCUCGUGCUGACUCUUUUCAUCUCUUCCGGGAUCCAAUGACUGGGGACCUGCCUUGGCCAGCCCUGAUAGUAGGGCUCACCAUUGUCUCUGGGUGGUACUGGUGCAGCGACCAGGUUAUCGUACAGAGAUGCCUGGCAGGAAAGAACUUGACCCACAUUAAGGCUGGUUGUAUUCUAUGUGGCUACCUGAAGCUGCUGCCCAUGUUUCUAAUGGUCAUGCCAGGAAUGAUUAGCCGAAUUCUCUUCCCAGAUAAGGUGGCAUGUGUGGCUCCAGAAGUGUGUAAGCAGACCUGUGGUACAGAGGUUGGCUGUUCCAACAUUGCCUAUCCCCUAUUGGUGGUGAAACUCAUGCCCAACGGUCUCCGUGGACUAAUGCUGGCUGUCAUGCUGGCUGCUCUCAUGAGCUCCCUGGCCUCCAUCUUCAACAGCAGCAGCACUCUCUUCACUAUGGAUAUCUACACCAGGCUCCGACCUCGAGCUGGAGACAAAGAGCUGCUGCUGGUGGGCCGGCUCUGGGUGCUAUUUAUCGUUGCGAUCUCAAUUGCCUGGCUCCCUGUGGUCCAGGCUGCACAGGGGGGUCAGCUCUUUGACUACAUCCAAGCUGUCUCCAGCUACCUGGCCCCACCAGUUUCAGCAGUCUUCAUUCUUGCCCUCUUUGUGCCCAGGGUCAAUGAACCAGGUGCCUUCUGGGGGCUAAUCGGGGGCCUCCUGAUAGGGCUGGCCCGCCUCAUCCCAGAGUUCUCCUUUGGCACUGGCAGUUGCGUCCGGCCCUCCUCCUGCCCCAGUCUCUUCUGUGGUGUCCACUACCUCUACUUUGCCAUCGUGCUUUUCAUCUGUUCCUGUAUCAUAAUCCUCACCAUAUCCUUCUGCACAGCACCCAUCCCCCAAAAGCAUCUCCACCGCCUUGUGUUCAGCCUCCGUCACAGUAAAGAAGAACGGGAGGACCUGGACAUGGAUGAGCAGGAAGCAGAACCCCCUGAAUUCCCUGUGCAGAAUGGCCAGCUGGAACAUGCAGUAGAGAUGGAUGGUAGGCCACUGGGGACAGGGGACCAGCCCUCUCUUCAAAGCACUGAGCCUUCUUUUCCUUCAGAACCUCCACCUGCAGCCCCAGGCCUACUCCACCGCUGCCUGCUCUGGUUCUGUGGGAUGACUGGAAGUGACCCAAGUAGCUCCUCACCUCCCACAGCUGUGGAAAUAACAGCCCAGCAACUGGAAGACAUUACUGAGGACCCACGCUGGGCUCGAUUUGUCAACCUCAAUGCACUGUUCAUGAUGGCGGUGGCAGUCUUCCUCUGGGGCUUUUAUGCCUGA